AUGUCAGAAUAUGGACUGCAAACCUCAAGAAGAACUCAAUACAAUGGCGCAGGGUUGAACAAUGACCGCAUAACCAGGAGAAAACGAACACUAGAUGACACCGAAUCGAAUCAAAUUCAAGACUUUAAUGGCGCAAAAACCGCAGAGACAGAACCGCCUGGUUCGAAAGACGAAGAAGAUAAGUACUAUCGAUAUUUGUUACGGAAAAGCUCGUCAAAUCGUCGCUCGCAAACCGAGGACUCGCUUGCUACACAGAACGGAAAUCUAGCGUUGCGGGACGAAAGGGCUUCUUCGUUCGGUCGAGCAACUAAUUUCAAAAUAGACCAUUUCUCAACAAACGGAUAAGCAGACAAGUCGGGAUUCGUCCGCCUAUCGUGGAAAUGUGUACAGAAGUAAUUUAACCGGGCAACCAUUUGUCAACAAUGACAGAAAAUCGAAUUCCCCCUCGCCUACCAAUCACGAUAUUCAAGGUAAUAGACCCGAUCGCAGACCUCGAGUGAAAGAUCUACGAAGCUUGUUUGAUUCAGGCAAAGCUGAACAAAAUGGUGAAAAUAGCAAAAGCAAAGAGAUCGGUAGCCAUGUUAAAACUUCUGGCUACAGAGCCAAUACCGAUCAGGCCUUAUCAAGGGGUUUAGCUAAUGUAAACAAGGAGACUGUCAAAACAAAUGAUACACAAGCGAAGAAAAGUGGCCAAACAAGCAGACAGGCUUAUAUUGACACUACGUCUAAUGGUGAUAUUGACAAUGAUGCAUGGGCUGACGAUAUUGUACCUUUGGAAAGGGCAAGGGUGUUUUCUGACCCUGGGGGAAAAUUAUCCAGGGGACAGGCAUCCAAACAAAAUGGCCAAGCUUUUAAGGGAAUCAAAUUAUCUCAGGAGGAAGCGAAAGGCGCUUGGAGGCUCAGCCUUUCUGCGGGCCGACAUACCAAGGAAACUUCAAGCGAAGAAGAAGAAUCUGACUCAUCUGAAGGCUUGGAUGAGGAACAAGAUCCGAAUGAUUCCCGGCAGCGUAUUAGCGACAAGAAAGUUAUUCAGAUGUUGCAAAAACGUCAUCCGACAGGAGAACUUAAGAAAAUGUUCGACGGACCUGAAGCGUUCAAUGCUACAACCAAGCGACAGUCGUUUCACGAGUCCUACAAUAAUCUGCUGGACGACAGAGAGAGUGAAAGGUCCACGUUGCCAAGAGGAACCACCAAUGAAAAUGAUCUGGAAGAAUCACCAAGAGUUGACGCAAGUCCUUUGCAAGAUCAGGUGCAUGAAGACCUAUCUCAGAAAUACCUUGACAAUAAACCAACCAAGGAUAAUAAUUUUGCACCAAUAGGUGAUAUUAAUGUGUCCCAAUUCAUUGCAAGCCCACCGCCCGAGAGGCCUGUCCGAGACAAUAUUAUCGAAGCCCAACAAGCAAAUGUUACUGAAAGUGCCCAAUUGGAUACGAGCAACACGCAAGCUGAUAGCUACAAAUCAAUGUAUCAUGAUUUUCUUAAAAAAGAAGGGGUUGCCCCUGCAGUUACCCCAUCCCCUACAAAAACCACCUAUCGCUACACCAGGGAGACAUAUCGGCCUCCACUCUACUCAGAAGACAGUGAAGCAGACAGCGAAAUACUUGGUGACGGUAAAAGUGAAGAGGUCGUUAACAACUCAUUAACUCCAGAACAGGUUGUUAAGAAUAACGAGCAAUUAUUAGAGUCUCAUGAGCCAUUAGAUAAAGAAGAAUCAAUUCCAAGAAAUGAUAGUAUUGAUGACUUGAUGCCGAAGGAGUACGAUGAUGAAAUGCACGAAGAAGAUCUAGUUCACGAGUCCUCUUACGACGAAAGUGAUGACAUUGGCGGUGGAACAUCUCCUGAAUUAAAAUCAAACUUUCAAUUCAAUUACAUUCUUAAACAUUAUGACGACCUUGACGUUGCCAAGGACAAUACUGAUGGAAAAACGAAGGGCAAAAAACGUGGGGUCAGGUUUACAAACUCGCCCCAUAGUGUUCAUGAGACCUACCAUCCAUUGGACUACGAGAGGGGAAAUGAUGAUAUCGAUCCUGUUAGCUCGUCAGCCGAAUGGGAACUUGAAAAACGAGUUGAUAAAAUGGAUGUGUUCUCGGUUGAUCUUGAUAAAGGAGGUGAGUGUUGACGUUGAAAUACUUUGAAGAUAAACAUAUAAAUGAAGCUUAGUAUUUUGUAAAAUUUUCUGAAGUACAGGAAUAACCCCCAGAAGGUAAAGUAUGUUUGUGAUACUUAUAUCGCAUGAUAUUUCACAGGGAUGGAUCCAGCAUGAUCUGGUAGGGGGUGCUCUGCCCGCUCUGGUGCCGAGUUGUGUCAGUCGUGUGCCGCCCGCCCAUCAACUUGCUUCACUACUGCAAAGUCUUGCUUGACUACUGUAUUUGAAUUGUAAUUGUUGUUCACAGUUCGCUUAUCAUCAUGUUAUUAAUCCAAUUACUGUAUCUCAUUUUGUCUCUAAUAAUUUUUUGCUUUAUCAUGAAAAAUAGCAACCCCCCCCCCUGCACCCCAGUAAAUCCAUCCCUGAUAUUUCAUAAAUCAAAGUAGCACACCCUUCCAGUUGGUACUUGCCCCCCACCCUUCCAGUUGGUGUCCUCCCACUCCACCCCCAAAGUAUGUAGCUCACCCACUUUGUACAUGUAUCACUCAUCAAUUUUAGCCUACAAAUGGGUGUUUGGAAAAAACUUUCUGACCACCCCUAAACUGCUGGUUAGGUCAAUGUAGUAGUUUACCUGUAACUUAUCAAGAUGCAUAAUGUGCCCUACUUUAUUUCUUUACUCUGUCUAAUGCCAGGUGAUUUUACUUGUCAAGGGGAAAGCACUGGCACUCAUUGGAUUAACCAGACUAUCUGCCCAUGUGUUCCUAUAAUGCACCAUACUUUAUUAUUUUACUCUGUGUAACACCAGAUGCUUUAAAAAAGUGACGGCUCUGGCACACAAUGGGUAAAGUGGUUAGUUACCACAGAAUCAUUCUCAGGAAAAGUUCAAUGAAAAUGAAACUAAUGUUGUGAUUCCCCUGAAAGUUGUAUGAAUAGUAUCCUACAUAGUAUUGUAUGCCUUUACGGGUUCGUAUCUAUACAUGUAUGUGAAUGUAAUGGGGCUGUUACAGUGCUUUCGGAAUUCUGUGGUUCCAAUGAUCAGUGUUUGGUCUGAAGUCUUGAUUGCUUUUCAUAUUGUUCUGUAACUUGCAGAUCAGCGUGGACUUGGCUUAAGUAUUGUUGGCCUUGGUGUUGGUACAGAUUCGGGUGUUGAGAAACUGGGAAUUUUUGUAAAGUCUCUUACAUCAGGUGGAGCUGCUGAAGCGGAUGGAAGGUAUGUUUUGUGGAUCUUCGUGUUACAGCCAGAAUGACUACAGUACGCUUUAAUUUUGCCAGCUGUCUUGGCAAACAUUGACACAGCACCACCUAUACAUGUUAAAUGCCAUUGUAGGAUUCAAGUGAAUGAUCAGAUUUUGGAAGUGGAUGGGAUUUCACUGGUUGGAGUGUCGCAAUUGUUUGCCGCUCAGACCUUGAAAAACACUAAGGGAACUGUAACGUAAGUGUAACAAUUAACCAUUAAGUUGCAUUAAUAAUAAAAUAAAAUAAUUAGUAUAUUAUGUUAUUAUAAUCUAAUUGAUAUUAUAAUAAUAUUUUAUAAUAUGGUAAUAUUAUAAUAAUAUAAUAUAAAAAAUAUAUGGGUUCAACUCAAUGGGCUAAGGGACUGCUCAUUAUUUAUUGUUCAGGGGGGGAUUGAGGAGAAACUGGGGGGCUUCGAAAAUAUUUACCAGUUUGAAAAAACAUUAGUAUUGCUGCCGAGCGUAGCUCGGCAGCACACUAAUCUCUACACGUGGUGUGCUUACCACGUGACCGCCGAGUUUAUAGCCGCUACAAUCUCGAUUUAUGUCAUUCUGUCAUCCACGGACGGGCCAAAACUAGCUGUUUUGAUAUUAUUUUUUUGUUCCCGGGGGGGUUUGUUCACAACAUGGCGACUGUUAUAAACGGACAGAAAUAUAAAAAUCAUAAAAUAAUGCGAAUUUCCAUAAAAAUUCCGAGUAAUAUUUGUGAAGAUGAAUGGGUAAAUAAAGCACGGUGUUAUUUUGUGUCUCUGGCGCAAGAAUGAUCGACAAUAUUUUGAAUAAUUCAGGUAAGGAUGGCUUUAUUUCGUUCUCGUAUAGUGAUGUAGUCGUGCCGUGUGCCCUGUCUACCUGUCUGGUGAUAUAUUUUAUAAUACAUGAAGGCAUUUAUAUUUAAAUCUGCUGUUUAUACUUGUUUAGUCACUUUAGAGUAUUGAACUUCGAUAUAGAGGCAUUGAAACAAAAUGAUUUCAAGAAUAUAUCGGCAAUUAUAAUACCCACUGAAUCACUGAUCUAUUCCCGACCAAAUCGACAGUAAUGAUUAAUGCCUUUAUGCUGAUACAAGAAGCAAAUGAACUUUUAGUUUAUUUGUUUGUUAUGUCACUUAAUAUGUGCAAAGCCAAAGGCGGUGAGUAUAUAAUAGUGUUCGGUACGUUCUAUUUCUAAAUGUUUAUAGUUUAAAAACAAACGCGGGAUGUUGUUAAAUCAGGCUUAACAAGAUUCCUAGAGCUACCCAGUGUGGAUUGUUGUCUGCAUAUAUGGACUUAUCAGCAAUUACAUGUAAUAUAGCAUAUCAACUGACUUUUGUAUAAGAUAUGACUUGUAUAAGGCCUCAGUUAUAUAUAAAGCCUAUAAACAUGAUUCUACUGACAUACAUUGAUAUAUACAUAUGGCUGUGUUACCACAAUAAUGCUCACAACUUCAACUUCUUUCUAACAAUAUAGUUUUGCAGUUCUGACUGUUCUGAGUAUGAUCUUAUUCAUUCAGAAAUAUAAGCAUUGCACUGUAUUCAAUGGCAAGCUAUCCUGGAUUCCAGAGCCUUCAGUUAAUAAUAAAUUGAAAUAUCGUGAAGGCUCUGGUUCAACGGGAGGAUUCUUUGAUUAAACUGUGCCAAUCACAAAACAGAAUUAGCAGUUUUAGUACAGAUUUUGGGCGUGUUAACCCAUUAAGCGCCAGCGCUCUCCCCUUGACGAGUAAAAUUGUCUGGCGUUAGACAGAGUAAAAUACUCUGGCGUUAGACAGAGUAAAAUACUCUGGCGUUAGACAGAGUAAAAUACUAAAGUAGGGUGCAUCAGGGUGCAAUGCGACCCAAUGGGUUAACUAGACACAUGGGCAGAUAGAUCAGUUAACCCAUUAAGCGCCAGCACUCUCCCCUUGACAAGUAAAAUCGUCUGGCGUUAGACAGAGUAAAAUACUGUUCAAAGUAGGGUGCAAUGCGACCCAAUGGGUUAACUAGACACAUGGGCAGAUAGAUCAGUUAACCCAUUAAGCGCCAGCACUCACCCCUUGACGAGUAAAAUCGUCUGGCGUUAGACAGAGUAAAAUACUGUUCAAAGUAGGGUGCAUCAGGGUGCAAUGCGACUCAAUGGGUUAAUAUAGUACAUAACAUAGGUCAUAGACAUACAGUUUCAAUACAAUACAAAAUGAUUUUGAACAAUGUCAAGGUCAAUGAAAUCAUACAAAAUGAAUUUAUGGAAUAUCAAUUAAAUGUAUUUAAAACAAACAUAAUUUCAACAUCCCAAUAAGCAAUAACAUCCCAGUAAGUAUAAAUUCAACUAUUUUAAAUCAAUUGUUUGAAUAGCCAAAUUAAAAGUUGUACGAGUGACAAAAUCAUUCAAUAAUAUUCACAUUUUAUCAUUUAUAUUAUGUGUCAACUAUCAAAGUCGCACUGUUAAGUAUAUUAAAAUAUACUUUUCAUAAGAUUAGAUGUAAGAUAUAAUUGUACGAAGGUAACUGAGGAACGACGAUGUGUAAGACAAUAAAUCAUACAUACAGUGAAAAACGCUCUUUUUGUAGCACAUCCUACAUGUACAUAUCGGCAGCAUUUUCCUUGCGAUAGUAACUCCUAGUUUUAAAAAUGUAUCACAAAACAACUUAACAAAUAACAAUGUUUAUAGACCUUCAAUAUUCAUAAAAGGAAACCGAAUAAAAAGUCUCUUAUGUUCAUGUAAAUAGACAAUCCCCAUUAUAGACUAAUUUUAGAACUAGGCAAAGAGAUGCAAAUCAAGGCCGGAUUUUGGUGAAAACAGGCCAAUAUCAACGAGGUGAGGUAUGCCUGUAGUGUACAUAUGUACCAGUGUAUUAAUGAAUUAUGAAUGUAUAUGACUCCAAUCUUGCCCUUCAUUACAAUUGCUACAAAGUUUCUUUCAAAACAUUGCAUUAAAAGGGUACUUGACACAGAGAUGAAUGGCUAUCACUGUUUCAAUUUUACAGAGAAAACUUUCUUACGUCACGAAGUGUAGAUCCUAAGCAACCAUCACAUUUUCACUUUGUUCCAUCAUUGAAACUUUCCCAAGGGGAGGUGCAUGACCUUUCAGGAGAGGUGGAAAAAUUCUCGGGGGAGGUGCAAAACGAUCUCAGGGUAGGUGCGCACCUCUCCACACCUCCCCUCAAAAUCUGGCCUUGAUGCAAAUAAAUCACCACAGUUAGAAAGAGCAUACUAAAAUAAGUAAAUUAUUGCAAAGUUUUGUUGCAAAAUGUUGUAAAAUAGGGAAAAUGUAGCCUUGCAAAGUUUGCAAAUUUUGUAUACUUUUGUAUUGCAUGCGAAAAUUGUUAUAAUUGUCUAUUGGUCCCCAUUAUCUAUUUUUGUUUCUCUAAAUAAAGAGCUAGAGUUUUUGUUUCUCUAAAUAAAGAUAAAGAGCUAGAGGGGGGACCAAAAUUUAUGUUCUUGUUUUGCCUGUUGGGGGGGGGGCUUUGAAAAUUUUACUUGUCUUAAGAGGGGGGCAACGAAAAAAUAUUAUAACUGUAGAGUUUCUCCUCAGUCUCCCCCUGUACAAUAAAUAAUGAGCAGUCCCUAAACAAACAUUUUUUGUCGUUCAAGGUUCUUAAUGGGAAGAGAGAAGGGUCGACAUGUUAGCAAGGUAAGUUUUACAAUGUUACCGGACAUGUUGGUGGAAUUUUUUAGCAUAAAUUUAAUGUAUACUGUACAUUUUGGUGCUCUGCACCGGAAUUGCAUUGCUGCUGGUUGGAUUCAUGUUUAGUUCCAAAAGAAACCUAACUCCUAUCGAACGGGAUGUCCAAAAAUGUUGAUACUUUCAGUGGGAGAGCAGUUUAUGAGUGUUAAGGGUUAUCCAGUAUGGGUACAUUAGUUUAUUUUAGCCUGGGAAUUUGUUUUAUUCUAAUUCUACUAAUUACUAAAUGUACUGCAGGUUGACGCUGACAAGUACGUGACAAAAUGCGAGGAACUGGAAGAUGAAUUGAAUCAGGUGAGAUGGGAAUUUGAGAAAUGGACUGGUUUUGGUAAUCAGUGGGUUAUUAAUUGUCUUAAUUUCUCCCCUCAGGCUAAGCAACGAAUUCGUGAGCUUGAAGCAGAAAAGGUUGUGGAAAAGGUAAACAGUGGCAUCAGUUGGAAUUUGUUGACAUUAUAUUAAAGUAACAAAAAUAGACUGUGAGCUGUCCCUCCUUUCCGCGGGUUUAGAUUUCUGGGAAUAGGAAAGGAGGGACUGCCGACAACGCAUCAAAGAAAUGAAAUAUGCGCUGCCCACACAACGCAAGAUUCCCAUUGGUCAAAAUUGAUAUGCCUGUUAAUCAAAUCUGAUACGUAGUAAUUAUGCUAUAAAUAAUUCCAGAACUGAAUGUUGAUUUUAUAAGUAAACAUAACAUUAAUGGUUCCUAUUGGAUAGAUUUAAACAAAUAUAAGUAAUGUUUAUACAAAGGUGGAGCCAACUUGACAACAGCGAAAAGUGGGCGUAUUUCGUUUAUUGAUGUGUUGUCGGCGGUCCCUCCUUUCUACUGAGGGACUGCUCGUGGUCUAUAACAAAAACAAUAGAAAGGACUGGAAGUGAAGUCCAAUAACUCUUCAAUGUCAGCCAUUUUGGCGUCACUUUUUGGAUGCGAGUUUUUGGUCCAGAUAUAUGUGGAGGUCUUGGCCUCAUUCUGAUUCUAAAAUUCUAAUUCAAUUUCAAUCACAAAAACAAAGCCAAGAUGGUUUAUUAGGAUGCACAUAAAAGAGUAUUAAAAUUUGUCUGUAUUAUGAAAGUGGUCUAUAUAUUAACUGCUAAGGGGCGGACCAUUAGAAAAGUGAUGGGGGGGGGGGAAACAAAAAUAAAAUUCGAGCAGGGAAAAUAGAAAGAAAAAAAAAUUCGUGCACCAGAAAUGUCUGAAAAAAAAAUUCGUGCAGAGACUUUUCAUUAGGGAAAAUUACAGGACCUAUCGGAGGUACAGUGUAAAGGUGUUCCCUGAAAUUUCGAAAAUAAGCUUUUUCAUUGUGUUUUAAGAAGUUUUUUUGGGGAAAAUGUGUUUUAAACCUAAUUGAAUUGAUCUUAGUCCGAAAAAAUUUUUUUUGACUCUAUUUCUCUUUGUCCUGCAAAAAUUUUUCGAGCAAGGGAUUAUUUAAAAAAAAAAAUAACCGACACAGCAAAACAUUUUGAAAAAAAAAAUCGUGCACGUUGAAAAUGGACCCCCUCACUUUUCUAAUGGUCCGCCCCUAAGGCCCAUUUCCACUCAAGAAAAAUUUCCAGACAGAAAAUUUUCAAAAAUAUCAUUGUAAAAGUCGAAAAUUUUCAACUUCAAAAUUUUUUUCCGACGUAAAAUUUGUGUUGGCCAAACACAUUUUACAAAAUUUUCUUUCUGCGGAAAAUUUUCCCGAGUGGAAAUUUUAGUUUGUUGCAGAUUGAAACAGAUUCAAAUGUUCAACUACCUUGUAUUUUUCAGGUAGUUGAAUCCCUACCCAGUACCCACACUGGCACAGACUCGAAUUUAUGUUAGUUUGUUGGCUUUCAGGUGACAGCCACAGGAGAAGACUCAGAUGAAAGCAAUACAGACGGUCUAAAACAACGGUUGCGGUCGCUUGAAGAGAAACUAUCCAGACAGAAGAAAGUCUUGGCGUUGCUGAACGCGAGCAUAACGAUCUUCAGAAACAGUUGGAUGAAAGUAAAAAAUUAUACUCUAUGGUGCAGAGGAAAAAUACCUUACUCAAAGAACAAUUGAAAGCUAGGAGUAUCCCAAGGUAUGUAUGACUUGGUAAAAGAGAUGUAGAGCCCAGGGCUGCAAAAAAAUGUUUUAUUUUCUGGGACCGACAAGCCAACGAAAAUAUUUUCUACAAGCAAAGGACAGCAAAUCUUACGUGAAGCUUAAAUUAAACUCUCUAUUUUCACGUAAAAGACGUGAUACAACAUUUGCAUUUCAAUAUACGAGGUUAACUUUAGCUUAAACUUCAUAAACUUGUAUUCUUUUUCAGAGACAACAACGGUUUUUCAUCAGGCGAUGAACCAACGGUUCAACAACUGCAAGCAAGGGUAUUACUUUCAAUUUUUGAAUGAUAUAUUCGAUAAUAAAUUGUUUCUGUGAAAGUCACCGUUCUCAACAAUACUUUACUGUAUACUUCUUUCCUUUUAUGAUAUUUUGAUGGGUAUGCGUUUUCUAGAUACGCGAACUGGAAGCCGCCCUUCGUGCGAAUGGUCAAAAUGACGUCAGUAGAGCACGUAGUCAAGGCAACAAUGACGACAGCAGUAUAUUUGAUCAGUAUAUUCAACCAACACGAGGUGGACUGGAGGCCAGUCAAAGUUUCAGUCAAGAGAGCGAGAGUGAUCUUGAUGAUAUAGUGAAGGCAGUACCAGGUAGGCAAGAAGUCCAUCUUGCCCCAAUAACCUCGUUUCCAUGUGGUUAUAAUAGGGUCAAGGAUAGGUUUGUGAUCGGACUCAAGAUCAAAUAAACAUGCCUGUAUAUUUAGUUUUUUGCAGGUAGCAAAAAAAAAAAGUAGCGAAAACUCUGUUUUCAAAUGCCAAAACGCCCUUUUCAAAUGCCAAAACGCCCUUUUCAAAUGCCAGAACUCCGUUUUCAAAAGCAGAACUCCGUUUUCAAAAGCCAAAACUUAGUUUUCAAAUGCCAGAACUCCGUUUUCAAAUGCCAGAACUCCGUUUUCAAAUGCCAAAACUCCGUUUUCAAAUGCCAGAGCUCCGUUUUCAAAAGCUAAAACUUAGUUUUCAAAUGCCAGAACUCCGUUUUCAAAUGCCAGAACUCAGUUUUCAAAUGCCAGAACUCCGUUUUCAAAUGCCAAAACUCCGUUUUCAAAUGCCAGAGUUUUCAAAUGCCAGAACUCCGUUUUCAAAUGCCAAAUCCGUUUUCAAAUGCCAAAACUCCGUUUUCAAAUGCCAGAGCUCCGUUUUCAAAAGCUAAAACUUAGUUUUCAAAUGCCAGAACUCCGUUUUCAAAUGCCAGAACUCAGUUUUCAAAUGCCAGAACUCCGUUUUCAAAUGCCAAAACUCGCUUCUCAAAUGCCAGAAAAAUACAAGGAGAACUUCGACGUUUCGAGCGAAGGCCCUUCGUCCAGAAGGUCCACUAACUUCCCGAUGAAGGUCCCUCGCUCGAAAUGUCGAAGUUUUAGUUGUAUUUUUCAGGUAGUUGUAUCCCUAUCAAUGUGCAGCUUUCUCAUUGUAUUUUUUUGUGCUGUGUUCACCAGCAGGUACAGGCAGUGACAUGAGUGACGUGCCAGAAACAGCCGUUCUUGAUCACACCAUGCAGCAAGACAAGAUCCAUGCUGGUCAGGCUGCUGACGUCAAGAGACGUAGGCCAUCACGUGAGCAUAUACAUCGUCUGAGCAGAGACCUGGAUCCCGACCAACAAGCAGAGGUUUGUCCACUAUGUUUUUUGUGCGACCAGUUUCUAUGAACUACUGUAACUAACUAACUUUACUUAUACUGGAUAGCUCUAUCAGUUCUGAACUGUUCUUCCUAGAGGUCCAGUGAGGAUCAUCCCUUACUGAUCCAGUGUUACUACAGGAGGAAACCUAAACUAAACUAAUUUUAUUUAUACUGGAUAGCUCUAUCAGUUCUGAACUGUUCUUCCUAGAGGUCCAGUAAGGAUCAUCUCUUAUUGAUCCAGUGUUACUACAGGAGGAAACCUAAACUAAACUAAUUUUAUUUAUACUGGAUAGCUCUAUCAGUUCUGAACUGUUCUUCCUAGAGGUCCAGUAAGGAUCGUCAUCUUUAUUAAUCCAGUGUUUAAUACUGCAGAAGGGAACCAAAACUAAACUAUUCUAUUCUAACAGUCUUAAUCUGUUAUUUGCUCAGAUAAUGAACAAGUCAGUGGAAGAUUUAGUCGAGAAAGUCCGCGAGUACGCAGAGGAUCCUUCCCUGGACGAGAAACCAAGACGACCGCUGACUGGUUAUUACGCAGAUUCGAAAGAUCUCGAGGCCUCCUCACGCGUGCGACCGCUGCACGUGCCGGUGAAUGAUCGUGGACGUUUAGUGAAAGAACCUUUGGAACAACGUAACAGUUUACCUCGAACGAGGAAGGCACGUGGUGGUCAGGACGCUUUGGCUGAGAAAUCGAAAUCAAUGGAGGAUCUGAGUAGCGGCUCAUCACACGAAGUUCUCGAUGAGGUACAAUACAUAUUCUGAAACGACAUGUGUAGAAUAGAAUUCCAUGUCCAAAAUAAUCCAAAACUUAAUCAUAACGGCAUAACCGUGUUAUUUCUUUGUCUCGCAGCUAAAAAUUCCCGCUAAACCAAGACGCGAACGAAUUUCUCCCGUGAAUUCUGAUGAAAAAUCAUCGAAAGGUCAAGGUAUAUAGACUGUCAAAGAUUUGUAUUUUGUAUAGUAUGUACUGUACCCAGAGUUCACUGACUGUAUAAGCUUGAUACGCAUCUACACCAAAUCUGAGUAUAAUUGAUUUGAGUAUAAACUUGAUAUGCAACUACACCAAAUCUAAUAUAUAAUUGUUCUCUGACAUAUGUCUAUAUAGCCUCGUUAGCUGUCUCGCCCAGCAGCUCGACAGGAGAAGGAAUGAGUGAUCAUGGUUCACUUCAAGCAACCAGUUCCGGAUCUAUUCCUGACGACAGUAAACCUGUCAUGGCGGAAUGGAAGAAUAGACCCUUGCCUAGUGGGAUACGCAUCAGGUUCGUACUGGGGUACUGCUCAAAUGAACAACUUAUUAUUGUUCUUGUCGGACUUUUCCUAGGUCCAUUCUCACAUGGAAGAUUGUGUUUACUUGAUCAGCUGGGGGUGUGGGGUGGCUGUUACCCCUCAGGGCAUGGUGGAUCCCAGGGAUGAAGACCCAGAAGCUUUAAGAUUUUCGCCUCUUUAG